AUGGCCAGCCGUGACUCCAACCGCCAGGGCACCAGCCCCAAUGACCGCGACCAGAUCUCUGGCGACAAGCAGAAGGACUCUCGUCAGCAACAGUCCCGCGACGAGAAGCAGCAGAAGAACAAGGACUCCAAGGACUCCAAGGACUCCAAGGAUUUCAAGGACACCAGCGACUUCAACGCUUCUGCCUUCAAGGUCGACACGCCAGACAUGCCACCCAUUCCCAAGGAGACUCCCAACCGCAAGGACGCCGGCUCGCGAGGCUCCAACACGUCGGAUCGCUCCAACCGCAGCGACCGUGACGGCUCUCAGCGCGGCUCUUCUGACGAGUCCAAGAAGCGUGAUGGCCGAUCCGGCCGCGAGCAGUCUUCGGGCAGCUCUUCUUCCAAGAAGGACAACGUUCCCCAGAAUGACGGUCCCUCAGACGAUCACAAUGACCAGCCCCAGCCUGGUCCGAUCCCCGAUAUGCAGCAGCCUCCCAAGGACGGCCAGCCCCAACCCAGUGGCGCUCCCGAUUCCAUCAAGAAGCCUGACGGCUCCAAGCCCGACGGCUCCAAGCCUGGCAUGCCUUUCAUCAACGCGGCCGUGCGCAAACCCGGCAUGGGCGGCAUGAAUUGUCAGGACCAGUCUGGCGAGUGCGGUCAAGGCCAAUGGGGCCAGAAGGACAUCUUUGGCAACACGACCAACCCUCAGUCUCAGGACUGCACCGAUCCCCAGCAGUGCACCACGAACAACGGCCCUUGCAUCGAGGCCAACUGCGCCAAGCAGAACUGCGGCGACAUCACUCAUCGGCACGAGCAGCCUGGCACCUGCAGCACAAAUGCUCAGGGUGGUGACGAGCAGUGCGGUCAGGGUCAGUGCGACGGCGCCGAGGAUGGCGGCUUCGGCGCCCGGAAGCGAUGCACCGAGUCUCGCAACCGCCGCGAUGAGUGCGACUGCAACCGGUCUUGCCGCGAUCGUGAUGACGACUGGUGCACCAACCCCUGCUGCGAGAUCAACCGCCGGCGUCGCGAGUGUGAGUGCCGCCGCCGCGGCUGCUACGACGGUGCCGCUGAGAACGAGAGCCGCGGGCCGCCUCGGGAUCGCCGAGAUCAGCUCACCCCUGAGGAGCGCCGCGCCGCGGAUGAGCAGUGGGAGGAGGGCCGAAGACGCUGGGAGGAGGGCCGCUACGAUUCGGAGCGCCGUGACCAGGAGCGCCGCGAUCAGGAGCGUCGCGAUCAGGAGCGCCGUGACCGUGAGCAGGGCUCUGGGCAACGCGAGUAUGGCCCUGUUCCUGAGGAGGAGCUCGAGUACCUGAGGGGCAACAGGACUUAG